CCAGCCGCUCCAUCAGACCAUCACACACUCGAACACACAGUAUCUCGACUCUCGACAGCACAACCAAGUGAUCAUCUAACUAUACUUCCUGCAACUUUCUUCGGCCACCAUGGCAACCAUGAUGUCCACCACGGCCACCUUCGCCGGCGCCGCCGUCCUGCCCCGUGCCGCCGCAGCCGCAGCACGAUCACGGACAUUGUCUCUCCGCCCACGCACGCGCACAUCCUUCGUCGUCAGGGCCCAGAACGACAAGGAGCCCACGCCCAACAAGCCCGCCGCGGCCUCGGUCUGGGACAUCCUGUCCUUCAGCGGGCCGGCGCCGGAGCGGAUCAACGGGCGCCUCGCCAUGGUGGGCUUCGUGGCGGCGCUGUCCGUGGAGGCGGCCCGCGGCGGCGGGCUCCUGUCGCAGGCCGGCAGCGGGGCCGGGAUGGGCUGGUUCCUCACCACCACGGCGCUGCUCUCCGUGGCGUCGCUGGUGCCGCUGCUCCAGGGGCAGAGCGUGGAGAGCAAGUCCAGCGCCUUCUGGAGCUCCGACGCCGAGCUCUGGAACGGCCGCGCCGCCAUGCUCGGCCUCGUCGCGCUCGCCGCCACCGAGGUCCUCACCGGCGCGCCCUUCGUCAACCUCUAAGCAGAGACUGAGCGUACUAGCGUAGUAUACAAUAUAGCUGUUGCCGCACAUGUUUGAGCGGCAGCGUGUUGUCAUCUAAAUUUGUGGAACUAUCUCGGGAUGUAUGUAUGUAUGCUAAUCAAUAAUAGAUGGCAAUUUUCUUUGUCUAAUGAAUGGCAGAGAACUCAUGUCUUGGGUUCAAAUACUAUCUGCGACUAA